AUGGCUGAAAAGGACACGUUAUUGGAGUGCAGUGACCGUGUGUUCAGGGAACGCUCCGGAGUUUUUAGCAGCGUCGAUUUCCCGUCUUCAUACCCGAAGAGUUCAGAGUGUGUUUACCGCAUCGAGGUGGAACCGGGCUUCAAACUUCGCCUCCAGUUUGACCCGCGCUUCGAUGUGGAGGACCACCCAGACGUUAGCUGCCCCUACGACCACAUCCAGAUCACAGCGGGCAGCAGUCAGUUUGGUCCGUUCUGUGGAGAACGUUCUCCAGGUGAGAUUCAGACGGACAGCAACGUGGUCACCGUCUUCUUCCACAGCGACAACUCUGGAGACAACCUGGGCUGGAGGAUCACAUACACAUCUACAGGAAGUCAGUGUGCAGCCCCUGAAGUCCCGCCCAAUGGCGUGCUGACCCCCGUCCAAUCAGAAUACUCCUUCAGAGAUCACAUCCUGUUCACCUGCUCACCUGGAUACACCCUGAUCAAGGACGGACAGAGUCUGGAUUACUUUCAGGUGGACUGUCUGUCUGACGGCUCCUGGACCAGCGGUCCUCCUGCGUGUCGCAUGGUGGACUGUGGGAGUCCAGCAGUGGUUGCCAUGGCUGAUGUGGUGUUUAGGAGUCAAGACAACAGCACGCUGUUUGGUUCAACAAUUCGCUACGUGUGCCGGGACCACGCCUUCCAGCUGGAUACCAGCGAUGGUUUGUUCAACUGUGGACUGAACGGAGAGUGGACCAAUCAGGAGUCUGGAACCAGACUGCCCACCUGUCUGCCAGCCUGUGGCCGUCCGUCCCGCUCUCUCCCCCCUCAGGUGAAGAGGAUUGUGGGGGGUCGCGGUGCCGAGCCUGGCCUGUUCCCAUGGCAGGUUCUGCUCAGCGUGGAGGAUCUGUCACGGGUCCCUGAGGACCGCUGGUUUGGCUCCGGGGCCCUACUGUCCUCGUCCUGGGUCCUAACUGCCGCCCACGUCCUGAGGUCCCAGAGGAGGGACACCAGCGUGGUCCCCGUGGCUCCUGAACAUGUCAAGGUGUUUCUGGGUCUCCAUGACGCAAGAGACAAACGUCUGGCCACCAACCGCUCAGUGGACCAGAUCUUCCUCCAUCCAGACUUCCAGCCCGACAACUACAACAACGAUAUCGCCCUGCUGCGGCUGACGGAGCGCGUCCCCUUCACCGAGCUCAUUAGACCCAUCUGCCUGCCGCCCGCCGACACACUGGAUAUGUCUCCACUCCCCAACUCUCUGGGUGUGGUGGCCGGUUGGGGGAUCUCAAGCGUCAACUCCUCGUCCCCAGGAGACCCAGCGGUGCUGAACUCUGACCGUGGGGUGACCUCUGACCCCGGGGUGACCUCUGACCUGCUGCAGUAUGUGAAGCUGCCCGUGGUCGCUCAGGACGAGUGCCGGGACAGCUACACCUCUCGCUCCGGCAGCUACAACAUCACAGACAACAUGUUCUGCGCUGGCUUCUUCCAGGGGGGACGGGACACCUGCCUAGGGGACAGCGGGGGGGCCUUUGUGAUGGAGGACGGGGACAGGUGGACGGUGUUCGGCCUGGUGUCCUGGGGCGGCCCGGAGGACUGUGGCAGCCAGAGGGUCUACGGAGUUUACACCCGGGUCAGCAAGUACAGGACCUGGAUCCAGACCAGGAUGAGGGACAGACCAGCGCUGUGAAACAAAGGACAGAGAGACAGACAGGAGAACAGAGAGACAGACAGAGGAUAAA